GUGGAUAAAUCACUGAGUGAAUGAGUGAGUGGAUAAAUCACUGAGUGGAUGAGUGAGUAAAUGAGUGAGUGGAUGAGUGAGUGAGUGGAUACAUCACUGAGUGAAUGAGUGAGUGGAUAAAUCACUGAGUGGAUGAAUGAGUGGAUGAGUGAGUGACCUCAUUCGACUUUGGAACAGAGAUCUGCACCAGAAUUCGGGUCCGGCCCAACUCGACACGGGACCCAGUUCUAGAACGCGGCAGAGACAGCACUGAGUGUAAAACGAACGCGGUGCAAACCCAAUUCCGGAACAGGCGCCUUUAAUCCGGACUAACAACAAAAUAAAUAAAGAAUACGAAGCAUGGAUCUGUUCGGAGACUUACCAGAGCCGGCGGCAGAAGGGGCUAAGGAGCCGCCCGCCGCCGAAGACGCGGAACCCCGGCAAGAGCAGCGCGGAGCGAAGAGGAAAGCGGCGGCCAACGCUGACGAUCGUGACGAGCCCGAAAUCCACACAGAACCGGCCCUGCUGGAGCUGCGAGCCUUCGUGUCGGAGCGGAGGGGCGAACGCGACGAGAUGCAGGACGCCCACACGAUCAUCCCGUCUCUCACGGAGCGAUUACCCCACGGAGUCUCGCGCCUCGCCUACUUUGCCGUCUUCGACGGCCACGGCGGCUCCCGUGCCUCCUCCUUCGCCGCGCGUCACCUCCACCAGCAGCUGCUGCUGUGCCUGCCCCAGGGAGCCGUCUCCGACCUGGACAAGGAGAUCAGGAGGAGCCUCAGGGACGCAUUUAAGCAGACGGACGCCGCUUUCCUCAAGCUGGCAUCCAGCCAGAAGCCGGUGUGGAAGGACGGCACGACGGCCAUCUGUGCUCUGAUCGUCGACAACGUCGCCUACGUGGCCAACCUGGGAGACAGCAGGGCCGUGCUGUGCCGCGCUGCGAGCUCCGCCGUCCUCGCCGUGCCGCUGAGCCGCGAGCACAGCGCGGUGCAGUACGAGGAGCGCAUGCGGCUGCAGCGCGCCGGCGCCACGGUAAGGGACGGUAGAGUGCUGGGCGUGCUCGAGGUGUCUCGGUCGAUUGGCGACGGGCAGUACAAGCGGUGCGGCGUCAUCUCGACGCCCGACAUCAGGCGAUGCCAGCUCACGGCCAACGACAGGUUCCUUCUGCUGGCGUGUGAUGGUCUCUUCAAGGCGUUCACCGCUGACGAGGCGGUCUCCUUCAUCAACAAGAGCCUGGAGGUUCCCGAGGGGUCCUCCUCCUCGUCCUCGUCUGCGCGUGCCGAGCGCUGGGCGAGUUCGUGCGUCCGCGUGACCACCGAGGCGGUGCGCCGGGGGAGCGCUGACAACGUCACGGCUGUGCUGGUCCAGCUGCACUCGCCCCCGCAGUGACGUCAUCGCCGGUGACGCCCCCCCCGCAGUGACGUCAUCGCCGGUGACGCCCCCCGCAGUGACGUCAUCGCCGGUGACGCCCCCCCGCAGUGACGUCAUCGUCGUCGACGCACGCGCGCACACACACAUACACACACACACACAUACACACACAGAGACAUCGGUACACACACACAGACACACACACAAAGACACACGCACAAAGACACACAGACACACAGACACACACAGGUAGAUACAGACACACACAGUCACACAAACAUAGACACACAGACACACAAAUAUAGACACACAGACACACAAACACACAUACACACACAUACACACACAGACACACAAACACACAGGCUUGCUACUCACACGCGUUCUCAUGGCGAACGUUCGCCCACCGGCAAAUCCCUCGGGACGAAUUUCGACGUCCGUCCCACCACCACACCACCACUACACCACCCCCCCCCACUGUCUUCGCUCUCUUGUCGUCACGCUAAGAUCAAGUUCAGGUCACGUGACCGCGUCGAUGUCGUUAGAGCCCCGCCCACCGCCCGACGCAGCCAAUCGGUGAGCUUCAGUGUCACGGGAACGGAGCUCACUCAGUUCGUGACGAAUACAGCACUCGUGUGUAGUGUAUAGUGUAGUGUAUAGUUUAUAGUGUGGUAUAUAGUUUACAGUGUAGUGUAUAGUAGUUUACAGUGUAGUGUAUAGUACAUAGUGUAGUGUAUAGUUUAUUGUGUAGUGUAGUGUAUAGUUUAUUGUGUAGUGUAGUGUAUAGUUUCUAGUGUAAUUUCGAUUUAAAGCUUUCAUGACAGCAGAGAUUCAUCUUCUUGGUUCUUUCGGUAAAGUCACGUAGAAGGGAAAUAAUAAAAGUAUUUUUAUUAUUUUAUUAUUUCCCUUCUACGUGACUUUACCGAAAGAACCAAGAAGAUUAUAAUGUAGUGUAUAGUGUAGUGUAUCGUAGUGUAUAGUGUCAUGUAUAGUAGUGUAUAGUGUAGUGUAUACUAGUUUAUAGUGUAGUGUAUAGUUUAGUGUACAGUAUAGUGGUGUAUAAUAGUGUAGUGUAUAGUGGUAUAUAGUGUUUAUUGUAGUAUAUUGGUGUAUAGUAGUGUAGUGUGUAGUAUAGUGUAUAGUGUAGUGUAGUACACUAGUACAGCACACCGGUUGUAUGUUGGAGAGCAAAGCCACGACAUUUACAAUCCGAGCCCCGUGACGUUUCGCCGGUAAUCACAACGACGGCUUCAUCAGGCGACAGCCGCGGAUUUGUGGAGAAAUCCUCUUCCUGCUUUGCUGAAUGAAUAAGAGGGGAUAGACGUGAUGGCACCACUUGUGAGCGCUUCUUUGGUCGAGUUGGGAGGGGAUUAAUGCCUUUAAAUCACCGUGGGUAUCCAUUGCCGCGUGGGUUCCUCGUACGGUCAUCAAUGGACGGUAAGCUGUGUGAGUGGUUCGUCGGAAAUGGGCCUUCCAUAAAUGACGUCACGCGAUUUUGGACGAUUUUUGACCCCCCCCCCCCCCUCGUCACAAAAAGUCAGACCCCCCCCCUCAAAUAUGACGUCACAAAGCUCUGCCCCCCUCUCCCCCCCCCAAAACCAUAUUUACAUUUUGAAAAUAAAAGAUGCUUCAAAUCGCUUUAAACUAUUGUCAUUGUAGUGCGUAUUUAACGUGGCGCUGCACUCAACAAUUCUAUAUUUAUUUAAAGUUGCGCAUUUUGAUGUGACGUCACAUUUCUCAAACCCCCCCCCCCC